GGGGUGUGUUGGGCUGCCGGCGGGAGGUGGGCUCUGCCCAUUCCAUCCUUGCCCCGAUAUCUGUUGGCUCCCGUCUGGUUUUGGCAAUGGGACUGCAGGAAUCCCUGCUGUCACAUCCUCGGUUCUGUUCUUUUGCCCUGGGCUGGUAGCGUGGCUUCUCCCCUGACUGCUGCCUUGGGUCUGCUCUGGUUUUGCCCGCUGUGCUUUUCGCCCGGAGGGUCCGAGGAAGGAAACUCAGUUCUCUUCCUUUCAUUUGGAAUAGGUUAAAACAAAGUGGCAGCGGAUCCGUGCCAGAGCAAGGUCGGCGCUGCAGGUUGGGAGCUGCGGGUUGCGAGCAGUCUGAAUCUUGUUGUGCAGUUUCUCAAAGCCUUAUGGAAAGCCUUUCUCCUUCCUGGCUCUUUCCCUUCCCUUUAUUUCUGUUUCUGCCUUUGCUGCCAGGAGAAAUAAGCAAAAAGGGGAGUGCUGCAGCUGGCAACCAUUAUCUCCCAAAAUAAAGCGCCGUCCCCUUUGGCAGGGAGCUCCCAACCUGCCACAGCUUCAGAGAGAUCAGGAGGGCACGUUCCUCCCAAGCCAGCCCUGUGGAACGUGCAGCCAUCACAGCGGCACAGAUUGGGAUGGAGGUUGGCGACGGGCUGGGUGGACUGGAUGUCCUCACGCUGUGCCACCGCGCGCACGGGCACAGCGAGCUGCUGCCUUCAGCCUCCCUUUAACCUCAGUUCUUCUUCCAGAAGGCGACCGGGUUGUUUUGUCUCCUUGGAAAAGAGGGUUUGGGGCUCCUAGGGGAAGAGCGGAUGAUCCUCGCGGCAUCCGUGCCGGCCGCAGCUGGCCUCGCCGCUGCUGGAGGGUUAGCCUGGCCCUGGGAACACCACCGGAGGAAGGCAGGUUUGUGGGAGGAGGAGAGGAGGGGGCUGCCGGCACCGCUUGGUGCCCAACCAGGGCCUCGUCCUCCUGGCGUUGGGGCUGCGGAACGCUCCGGCCCCUCCCCAUCCCUGCCACGUCGGUCUCACGGUUCCUCUCCGCCGCCCCGACCUGUAGAUGUCCAAAGUAAUUAUGGAGUGUGAUUAGUCCUCUGUGGGUGCUUUCUUUCUUCCUUUCUCUUUCGCUAUCCCCUUCUCCACUCUUCUCUCUGGCUAAGUGGAAAAGGUGAGGACAAAGACUUGCCGCUUGCUUGGACUCAUGGUGUACUGUGACUGCGCUGUUAGCUGUCUCCUCUCUCCUUCCCAAAUGGAUAUCAUUUCUGAAGUGUGGAAUUCCCUCCUUGAUAAGUAGGUUUUAAAAAUGGAAAAAAAAAAAAAAAAAAAUGCACAAUGUGACGCUGUUUCAUAGUUCCUAGGUGGUUGUAUCAAAGCAAAGUUACUGUGAUUGUGUUUUUAAAAGGAAAAAGUGAUUGGUUACCCCAUCUGUCCCUUUUUCAUUAUUACAAGCUCUUUGUUUUCCAAUGACCUGACGCUCCUUUGUCGCUGCUCUGCGCCCGCCUUCCCAAACGUGUCCCACUGGGUCCCCAAACCCACCCCCAAACGUGGGGCUGUAGGGCCGGGCAGCGCCCCAAUGGGAUUUGCGGCGCCGCUGCCGGAUAUUGCGAUGCCCCUACCCCGCUGUAGGGCUGAUUUAAGAAGAUAACGGCUGUUUCUCGUGCUGGUGGGGGCCGGAGCCGGGGGGUGGGGUGGGGGAUUAAAACAAUUUCAUAAUCCCAGCGAUUUCCUCCGGGUCGGGAUUAUGAAACCAAUGAUGAAUAGCAAAAGCCGCAGCGUGCAGCGGGACCGCCUCGCCCAUAGGCCCCGCGGCUCCCCGGCGUGCCCCGUGCCUGCAGGGCACAUGGAGGGGCCCCGUCCCUCAGAGCCCCCCCGGGGCCCCCACGCCGUGCUGGAGGGCAAGGUGAAGGCGCUGAAGGAGAAACGCGGCGCCGAGAGGCCCUCGCCCAAGAAGCCCCGUGCCCGCAGGGGGAAGGCUGGAGCUGAGGAACCGCGGGCGCAGCUCCGCACAUAUCUGACCGAUGGGCUGCUGGACGGCACUGCGCCAUGGGGGGAUCGGGGGGGGCUGGGGGGCUCUUCCCCUCCGGUCUCUGCUGGCAAGGAGGUGACGGCGGGCCCGGAGCCGCUGUCCUUGGCUGAGAGGGUGGAGAGGAACCGGCGGCUGCUUCACGAGGUGCUGGGGAUGCACGAGGUGCCAGCGAGUGAUGGCGACUGGGACUCAGGGGUCUCACUGCAAGAUGCUGAGGGCUGCAGGGCCUUUGUUCCCGGGCAGGAGCUCGAGCUGAGCCCACGCCAUGAGCAGGCCAAGCAGCUGCUGCAGCGCGCCCGCAUGAAGGCUCGCACCAACCCGCUGCGCGCCAGCCACGACCUCCUGCUGCUGCCCACCUCCACGCACCCCAGGGAGCCCAGCGGGACACCGAGGCCCAGCGACACCACACGGGAGGUGGAGGGCCCGGCGGGCGGCAGUCUGAGCGACUCAUCCAGCGGGGAGUCGGGCUGCAGGGAGCCCCGGCGGCCACGGGGACCCUCCCCGUCCCGGGUGCGCUUCGAGGACGAGUCGGCUCGCGACGCCGAGGUGCGCUACCUGGAGCGGCUGCGGCACCGCCGGGUGCUGGGCUCAGCGCUGGAGCGCAACGGCGGAGAGCCCCGUGGGCACCCCGGGGAUGGCCCCGUGAAACCCCGGGGUGGUGACGUCCCUGCUGGGGGCAAGUGCCAGGCCUGCGGUUCCCUGCUCGGUGCCGCCGUGCCGGCCGAAGGCAGCCCCGUGGCACGGGGACGGGAGCGCACGGCUCCCGGUGCUGCCACCCAGCCUGAGCCCAAGGCCCGGCCGCUGGGUCCUGGCGGGUCCCCGCUCUGGAUCCUGCCUUCCCGGCAGCGCAUCCACACCGAGAAGAUCAAGGAGACUUACAUCGGGAACGUCGCCUGUGGGGAUGAGGCAGACUCGGCACUGGAGAGCACCGACACCUCCGAUGGCUGCCGGACCGACAGCGAGGAGCCGCAGCCCCGCAGCCCCCACCCACGGGGGCACCGGGAGCCCCGGGCUCGCGGCCACCGCAGCCCCCGCACCCCAACACAAAAGGAGAAGGGUGCGAGUGCGGCCGGGGGCUCGGGGACACCUCGCCCCCCACCAGCGGGUACAGCUGGCAGCCAGGAUGGGAGGCACACCGGUGAGGCGGUGGGUGACGGAGAGCCACUGGUCCCCUCCUCAAGGCCAGCAGGGCCUUCCCACACCCCCUCCACCACCACCGCUACAAAGGCCUGCUCCCAGGUGCCUUGCAGGACAAGUGUCCCUGCCAGCGGCCGCCAGUGCCCGGAGCCCGACACUGGGAGCUCUUUGCCCCAACCCAAGGGCGCGGGGCAGCGGCGGGGGCCCUGUGGCCCCGUCUGGCUCCCAGGGAGCCCUCUGCGUGCCUUUUCCACUAAUAACUGUAACAACACCCAUGGACAGAGCUGUGGGAGCCGCCCCCAUGGGCUGGGGGCACAACCUGGGGAGACCACCAGGACACCCAAGGCACAGCACGACGGGAACGCAACACCUGGGGAGCCAGCACGGGCGACAAGCCGGAAGGGCAGCGGGGAUGCGGCAUCCUCAGGGCUGAAGCGGCUCCUGUGCAGCCUGAGCCAGAGCACCAAGCAGCGCCUGGGCCGCUUCCGCUGCUACAGCAUGGAGCAGCUGCCCGGCCCCGCACCCAACGGCCCCAGCGUGAAGCGGUCGCCCUCACUGCAGGCACUGGUGUCACCAUUCCGCCAGCCCCAAAAAGCCGCCUCCAUCCAGAGCCUGCACAGCCUGCUGGGCAGGGCGCCCCGAGCCAACGCAUACCUGCUGCCCCAGCCAGGGGACGGGGACAGGAAGGCGGCCUCGGGGCCGCGGCACUCGCUGAGCGUGGAGGACAUCGGUGCACCCGACCGGCUGCGCACGGUGGGCCGCGUGGUGGAGGUGUUCCCCGAUGGCACCAGCCUGCUGGAGAUACAACGGCCGCCACACGGCUCCUUCGGCUUCCAGGUCACCUCCGGCCAUGGCCGGCCUGACACAGGUGUGUACGUGCAGGAGAUGGCAGACGCGGGCACGGCCAAGCUGUACGCGGGGCUGCUGGGUGUGGGCGAUGAGAUCCUGCAGGUCAACGGGGCUGCUGUGUCGGGGCUGGGGCUGGCACGCAUCCGGGAGCUGCUGCUGCAGGCAGACAGCCUGGCCCUGCGUGUGCUACGGCAGCGCCCGGCUCGGCGGUAGCGGUGUGGCUCCAGGAGGAGGAGCAGAGCGGUCUGCAGGCGCUGCCGGAGUCCUGCACGGAGCUAAAACGCAGUAAGGACCUCACCAAGACAAAGGGCCUGGAUUUGCCCCGCUUAUGUGCAACGCGUGGGUCCCUGCAGGGAUGGGGACAGCAGGGAGGCAACACGGGACCAAGGACUUGCCCCUGGCACGGGGACACCUCAGCUCUCCGGCCCUGGGCUCUCCCUGCCCCAGCUGGAAACCUCUGCUCGUGAGCUGGUGGGUUUCUUUUAAGUUAUUUCAAACUGCAAAAAGAAAAAACAAACCACGGAACUGUAAAUAUAUACAUAUAUAUAUAUAUAUAUGGAAUGACAA